CCGGCGGUUGGUGGGGUGCUGGGUCGAGCUUCCAGGCUGCAGGGAGGUUCCAUCUUCUGGGUCUUCUCCAGCUCCAACCCGGUGUGGCGAGCAAGACUAUGGAAACCUAGAGUGCCUCAGAUUCAUAAAUCAAUAAAAGAGAGAAUGACACUGCAGCCCUGGGACCCCAAAUGCCUGGCUGUGCAGCUGAUUUUCCGGCUGGGCGAGGAUGAGAGUGUCUCUGUGGAUCUGGUCCCUGCCAUCCAGGGUAAGGUGGUGUUGUCUGAGGACUGGCAGAGAGAUGACCUGGCCAGACUGUCCGACUGGUGGGACAAGGAGCUGGGCAACAGCCAGGAAAGAUUCCGCCAGAAGGCAGAGCAAGUUGGGAGAGUCAGGGCUGAAGUAGUGGCCAAAGAUAGUUUCUGGAGGUUCUCUUUUGCUAAUGCCGAGACAGCUUUUCUCCGGGACAUCGACAGUGACAGGGGGCAGCGACGGAAAGCUCUGAGACUCCUGAAGUUCAUAAACAAGGAGUGCUUGGUCCCAGAAUACGGCAAGAUACUGACAUCUUACCACCUGAAGACUGUUCUUCUGUGGGCCCAAGAUAUUCACCCGGAGAAGGAGAAAUGGGAGACCCUGGAGUUGUCCCUGAAGACCCUCCUGAGCCUCCUACGUCACUGCGUGAACAAGAGAAAGCUCCCCCACUAUUUCCUGCGUGACUUUAACCUCUUCAACAAGCGCUACAGGGAAGGCAAUGGGUUCUAUGAGCGCCUGGCCUUGCAGGUUCUUGACGAGUGGGAGCUAUUGGAGGUGGAUCCAGUGCUGUAUAUAUCCUGGAGAGUCCUCAAGGUUUCUGAGAGUCCAGGGGCCUUCAGCACUCUCUUGGAAUUUAAAGCGAGCCACCGGGAAGCCCUGAAGAAGCUGAAGGAUUUGGAGGAGGAGGAAGAGCUGGGCAACAAGAAUGUAACUGCCUGGCCAAUCCCAGGGAAGGAACAGGUAGAGCCCUGCAGGGUUGAACAGAGGAGCAGAUGCUGGCUAUAGGAUUCUGCCGGAAAAAAGCCACUGCCAUAGCUAAGAAUGAGAAACGUGUAAUCUGAGCAGCACUAAAAUGCUCAUGCAUCA